CCUCCUAGCCCUGGUUGCCUCGGCCCCCGCCAGGGUGCCUCAGUGUGCCUGGCGUUGUUGUGGCCGAGCCUCGCGCCGUAAACAAAGCUGCAUUUUAUCACUUUUUCACCCUCCUCCCGCCCUGAACCCCCUGCUGGCACCCGGGACGCGAGGAUGAGGGGACCUUAGAGCCAAUGAUGGAGAGGGUCAUCACUGUAGCUACCAUGACGAAGGGCCUCCUGCCCCUCCUCAUCCUCCUGGUGGCCCCCCUCACACACCCCUCACACGGCCAGGUGGUGAGGGAAAUAGCAGUGGAGUCAGGGAGUACAGAGCCCCUUGCCGGAACCAAUGUGACGCUCUCCUGCAAGGGGCGCGGCGACAUGCUGCAGUGGCGGCAUGGACACCACAACAUCACACCCAAUGAGGACAGGUGGCAUGUGGAGAUUGAGUCAGAGCCACGGAAUGUCAUCAAGAGUCGCCUCACCAUUUUACAAGUGACGCUGAGGGACUCUGGCCGAUACCACUGCCAGCUCACCAAGAACAGCAAAGACAAGGUUGCCGAGGGGAAUAUAACCCUCCACGUGCAAGCGAGCCCGGUGCUGAGGGAGGCCCGAAAUGACACAGUGCGGGCCGGUUUCAAGGCUAAGCUCUCCUGCACCUUCUCGGCCGCUCCCGCCCCUGAAGUACACUGGCUUAAGGGGAAGGAUAUGCUGGAUAAGAUGAAAGACUACACUAUUACGCCAAAACAGGAAUCGGGACUCCACCUCUCGGACCUCGUCAUUGAGAACGUGACCCUGAAGGACAACGGGACAUACAAGUGUUUGGCCUCCAACGCAGUGGGGCCCGGAGACAUGCCUGGUGAACCCAUCCUCAUUGUGCAAGAUCUGCCAGAGGUUAACCUGACGCUGGUGAGAGCCAUUGGGACCAGCCAGAUCCAGAUGGAGUGGGCGGUGCUGGACAAUAACUCACCCAUCCAGCUGACCAAGAUACUGAUCGCAAGUGGGGACUCAGACUUUGGCGAACCUUCACUGCUGGCUGGGGAUCAGCAGGACAUCAUACUGGAGGACGUGGGAAGCGCCGGAGAGGUGGUGAGGAUCAAGAUUUUGGUGGCCAAUGAGGUCGGCGAGACGGAGAGUGAAGAGGAGACGGUUACUCUGCUCAGUGAGGAGCCAAGUUUUGUCCCAGUGGCCUCCCCCAAGGGCUCCGGGCUGGACUCCUUCACGGUGGGGUGGAGUCAGCCGGAGGAUGAAGAGACGAGGGCGCUGGUGGGGCGCUACCACCUCUUCCUGCAGCAGCCAGAGUCAGGGGACGUUCAGGAGCUGUUCCUCUCUGUUCCAGCUGUUGAUCAUAUGUUCACCAACCUCAAGCCAGCCACACAGUACACUUUCAAGGUGGCUGCUUGCAAGGACGUCUUCCCUGAGAAGGAGAAGGAUUGUGGGGAGUACUCCGAGGCGGUGCAAGGCAAGACAAUGAAUGGUGUUCCCGGUGUGAUAUCCGACCUGCUUGUGAAGUGUCAUCAGAACCCACACACGCUGGCCAACACUGUCCACAUCCACUGGAAGCCACCGCACAACCCUAACGGCGUCAUCGACCGCUACAAGAUUGAGUUGAAGGCGAGUGCAUCCUACAUCAACGAGGAGGGCCAGCGUCAGUUUCACAACGAUGAGCACCAGCAGAACGUGGCGGGCUCGCUGAGGAACUUCACCUUCUACGGGGCCUUGCCGAACACCAACUACACUGUGAAGGUGUAUGCCGGGAUCAAGCGCCAGUACAGCUCCCCGAUGAAUGCCGUGUGCAGCAUGCCUGUCUCCACGCCCAUCUCCACGCCCAUCAAGAAGUGGUGGCGCUAUCAUCACAACGGCCGCAUCGUGCUCAGGCUCCCCGUCCCUCGCGUCUCUGAGAGGAACGGGACGAUUUGCUGCCACAGGGUGGUGGUGGUGAAGCUGGAAACGGGUGCCUCCCUUCAGACCCUCCGUGAGCCCGGCAACAUCCCGCUCAGCACGUACGAGGAGGUCCACAGCUCACCGUCAGCCACUGGGGCUUAUGUGGCGGAGGCUUUCUCGGGGUGGCAUAUCAAGGACAAAUACCUGCUGCUGGGUGAUGGAGAGGUGGCUGGGAACUGGUCUUGGGGCUGCUCUCAGUGUCUUGGAAGCAUAAGCCCCAUUGGUGACCCCUCGGCCGCCCACAGCACUGACAACAGAGCCACCACAGUGCCACCAACUCGAGGGAACCGCAGGGACUUGCUCUCCCUGCAGAAGGUGCCCCCUGUGGUUGAUGGCCUGCUGUCAAGUGAGGCAAACUACACGGGCUUUGUGAUCAUGUCAGUGGAGGGCAAAGAGGGGAAGGUGCUGACCUCCUACACCGACUUCUUCCCCAUUAUCCAACCCAAGGAGGAGGUGACCACAUAUGAUCCUGACCCUCCACCGAGUAUCACAGAGAUGGAGAUCAUCUAUGUCGCGGCAGGACUCUUCACCUUCCUCCUGCUGCUCUCCUUCGCCCUCUGCACCCUCCUCUGCUUCUACCGUCGCAGGAACAAGCACUUGGAGGAGGAGGAGGUGGCGGAGAGUCUGUCCGGCUCGCUUGGGAGAAUAUUCAGGUCCCUGAGACGCUCCCACACGCUAAUGUCACAGCCGGCCGUGGAUGUGAAGCCUGUGCCCAGGGAGGAGCUGGUGCCGCAGUACAUCGAGAAGCUUAAGGACUCAGAGCUUGGGUUCCGCAGGGAGUACGAGGCCCUCCCGGAGAAAUUCUACGAUCGCACGUCAAGAGCCUCGGACAUGAUCGAGAACGCCCCCAAGAACAGGUACCCCGACAUCAAGGCGUACGACCAGACUCGGGUCAAGCUCUCGCAGAUCAACGGGGCCAUCGGGUCGGACUACAUCAAUGCCAACUACGUUCUCGGGUACAAGGAGAGGAAGAAAUUCAUCUGUGCCCAAGGCCCGAUGGAGACAACCGUGGAUGACUUCUGGCGGAUGAUCGUGGAGCAGGGCUGUGGCGUGGUGGUGAUGCUGACCAACCUGGAGGAGACGGGGAAGGUGAAGUGCGUCAAGUACUGGCCUGAGGCGGGGCAACCCAAGACAUUCGGGAACGUUACCAUCUACCUGGUGAAGGAGAAGGCCUACUCGGACUUCAUGGUGCGAACACUAAGGGCAGAAUGGGGCGGGGGCGAGGGGGAGGACCUGCACACCCACGAGGUUUGCCAGUACCACUACCUCCUCUGGAAAGACUUCAUCGCCCCGGAGCACCCCACCGGCGUCCUGUCCUUCCUCCGCAGGAUCAACGAGACCUAUUCGCAGGAGCAGGGAUCCCUCCUUGUGCACUGCAGUGCUGGAGUCGGCCGCACCGGGACCUUGGUGGCUCUGGACUCCCUGGUGAUGGAGCUUGACGAGGAGGGUCAGGCCUCGAUCUUUAACUUAAUCUGUGACCUGCGGCACCAACGGAACUUCCUGGUGCAGUCCCUGAAGCAGUACGUGUUCAUCCACCGAGCCCUGAUGGAAUACUCUCAGUUCGGCAACACGGAGCUGACCAUCAACCAGCUGAAGGAACUCUACAGCAACCACACGCACCAUGACAGCGUGGACGACUCCUCACCCCUAGAGAAGGAGUUUGAGCGUCUUGGCAAAGUGGUGGAGGACAGGAAACCGUUCGCCAUUGCCACCAGCGAGGAAAACAAACCCAAGAAUCGCUAUGACUACGUCCUGCCCUACGAUUCCAACCGGGUCAUCUUGGCGCCGCUCUCCACCCGCCCGUCCUCCACGUACAUCAACGCCUCCUUUGUCACGGGGUAUGACUUGGCGGAGUCCUUCAUCGUGACGCAGGACCCCAUGGAGAACACCAUAGCAGACUUCUGGAGGAUGGUGUUUGACCAGGAGGUGAACACGAUCGUCAUGCUCUCGGAGGUGCGCCACGAACAGCUGGGCAGUGGCGAGCAGUGUUGCAACAAGUAUUGGCCUGACGACGAGGAGACCUAUGAACACAUCUCGGUGAAGCUUGUGUCGAGUGAGAGCUACCCCAAGUACUCCAGUCGGUCCUUCCUGCUCACCAACACAAAGAACAGCGACGUGCUUACAGUCACCCACUUCCACUACAUCGGGUGGUCGGGGCUGCUGGGGGAGGUGCCUCUGGUGACCCACGGCAUCAUGGAGAUCAUCACCCGUGUCCAGACCCACACUGAUGCCACGCUUUCCUCCGCUGCACCCACUCUUGUCCACUGCUCGGGUGGCGGUGACAGGAGUAGCGUGUACUGCUGCCUCAACAACUGCUUGCGCCAGCUGCGCCGCGAGGGACGAGUGGAUGUGUUCCAAACCUCCAGAAGAAUAAGGGCUCUCAGGCAGUUCCAGCUCCAGGAAUUUGCCCAGUAUGAGUUCUGCUACAAAGCGUUGGUGGAAUUCAUCGACAACAAAGGCCUCGAAAACCUCUGAGGAUGCCACCGAGCGACCAACGUUAGCUUGACACAAUCUUAAGAAUAUGAAUUUUAACACUUAAGCAAUCACUGCAGGGAGCAAGGAUGGAGUUGUUUCUGUAUCUGUGGAGUAAGUCUUCUGACUAGGGUAAGUGUGCAGCAUAGGCAGGGGUGGACGAGGCAUCUGUUCCACCCAGCAAAGGGAGUUGAUCACUGGAGGAGUUUUCUGAGCGGAGUAAAUCAAGAGGUGUACCGCCGGGUGCGACCGGGGUCUGUUGCGAGGGUGUGAAUCUCCCACAUCUACUGCGAGGGCACUAGGAGGGGGUCUAGGGGUCAGCAUCCCCGACACACCUUGGCUCUGUGGUCAAGAUGUUCACCUAGUUUUUAAGGCACAAAAGGUCACAUCAAAGAAUAGUUUAUGCAUUCGAUUGACUCCAGCUGCUGGUGUGCACGCUGGGCUCCAGUUUCGGUGACUCUUCUGUUAUUUCUGACAGUCAUUAUUGGCAUCAUGUUGGACACAAAAUGAUGUACGCAUAAAACACAAAGUUGCUCUCAAAAGGACCGGAAAAUGAGGCACACCAAAGAGUCAUGUGCUCCAGCCGUGGGAGUCAAUCAGUCACCUUGGUUUUUGUGACGGUCCCAAGUUUGGCCAAGGGAUGUACGUUGUGGCCAGAGGGAAGUGACGUAAAGGGUGGCCGAGCGCUCUGAGGCCACGUUGCUGCCCUCGCUUUUAUUGUUUGGUUCAUCACAUACGGUUUGGUGGUUCCGCAAGCUCGCUCAGUGUGUUUAAUUUUAGUUCCGUGACAGUUUCCUUCUGUCUUUGGCGGGAAUAUUCCUACUUAGAACACAUCCUGGAUCUCAAAAUGAGGAUGUGUUUGUGGAGCUCAUUCUGCAAGUGUAAAUUAAGGAAAACAGGAAACAGGUGGAAUAUAGCAAGUUGCUCCAAAAAAGUGUUAGGUCUCAGCCAUGACUCAAAACAUUAAUUCAUUCCAUUCCUUCCUCAAGAUUUCAGUCACAGAACUUGCACUGAAAUCCAAGUCUUGUCCACAUCACAGAAGGCACAGCUUGGGGUCAUCUCAAGCUGUGGUAGAGCAUAAGAACAUAAGGAGUCUGCAAGAGGCUGUUUGCCUAUACAAGGUAGCUCCUGUAACAAGGAAGCUCCUGUUUACAAGGCAGCUCCUGUGGAAAGGUCAUUCGUCGAGUAGCACAAAACAAGAAUAAUUGGUAGAUUGGCACAAAAACUUUUGCCUACAGGAACAAGAUUCGCAGUGCUCAAGCUUGUUAGUAAUCAUUCUUCGUGCUUGUGUUGCUCAUUCUUCAUCAUGCAGCAGCCUUCCCUCAGAUGGAACAGUGAGGGUUGUGUGGCAAGUUUCUGCUUUCUCUAAACUAUUCUUGUAUUUGUACUAACUCCUGUUUACUGCAGUCUGCUUAGCCUUAUGGAUUACUGUGCAGUCAUGUGAAGGCUUGUGUGUUCAUGUAGAUGGUACGAGAACGUUGAACGAGGACGCAUCAUCAAGUGUCUCGCCCUCCCUGUCGUUCACUCAGCAGGAUGUGACGUGAUGCUUACUCGCAAAUUUUUAUUUAAUAUUUAAUUUCUCCAUAAUAAGUAUAAGUCUAGUUUCCUGACAUAGGUGUUCUGUCAUCUGAAAGUGACCCCUAUUCUUCCUCCACCACCAACCAAGGUGUAAUUCAACUAACUAGACUUAUAAAACAAUUUUAUUUAUUAACUUAAUGCAUAUUUUUGCCUUCAGGUGGAAUUUGUUGCUCUGCUACCAGCUUUAAUCUUUUCAUUAAUGUUAUAUAAUUUAGUGUCUUCUCACACAUGCUAUGCACUGAAAGGGAAUUGGUCGUGAGUCCUCAGUGUAAGCUAUUCUUUGUUAUGCCACUGUUAACAGUUUUUUUAACCGACCCAAAUCUCUGGUAAAGUUUUGUGUUGCCACUGAACACAGUAUACCCCAUACCAAAAUCUGCAACCCUAGAAAAUAACUCUCCAAGCAUGCAAGAUAAUUUUUAAAAGCCUGAAGUCUAUCAAGGUCACAGUGUUCUCUGUCAUGACGUCCUAACAGAAGGACGAGAGUGGUGGUAAUGUGAAAUGCUUAGAUUGAGGACUUGCUGGUUUGUGUGUUGUGUGACCCCUCUUGCCAUGCCACACUAUGUCCUGCUUGUGCUGAUAGACUUUGUUAAUUGGGAUACUUUUAUUAUACACAGUGCAGUGGGGUCAUUUUCUUGUUAUACUCAAAUAAGCUUCUGAGAAAUUAAAGAUGCAAGGAGACCCCUUCAGUUUUGCUCUGUAGAAGUUACCUCAUGACAGAAGCAGGUUGCACAGUGGCAGGACAUGGUGUGUGUAGGGCAUGGAGGGUGUCACCAGCAUGCCUGGGGACCACGAAUUGAUGCCGACUGCCAGAUGCCUUCACGGAACACCACGUCAGUCCUCGGUUCUCACUUGGUUGUCAUCCCUCACAUCACCGGCAGGACAGUGUGUCGGAGCGAUGUGUAUUUACCAUCCUGCAGCACAAAACAGGAACAUGCAGAUUCCUUUCACAUAUUGCCAGAUGCCAUUGUUGCACUUUAGUCAGUCACAAAUAUGAGGUUGCCCCUUUAAAUUUUAUGUUUGUGGCUCCCUUGAAAGUGACGCCCAAUCAGAUGGAGUUGUUACUCGGCCAAAUCAUGUUAGGAAGAUCAGAGGCAUACUGAGGCCUGUUGGGGAUGCAGAAUGACCGGUGUUGAGUGUGGAAGCGAGGACUGAAGGUGACUGCAAAGCCUCAAGGUACACAGGUCAUUGCUGAACCAUAUCACACUUUUUAUGGAAUAUAUAAAUGCAUAUGCAACAGAAGGUAUGCAUCAACACAGACCCAUCAUAGCUAUUUUUUCCAACAGACAAAAAAGCAUAAUUUUACUCAUCACAAUUUCUUUUUUCACUUUUUAUUUUCUGUUCCUUUCUUUUUGCUACUAAUACCGAUAUACCACACUGCUUCUUUCCAGCAAAAGAGGAAAGGCAUUGGCAUGAUAUGCUAAGGUUGAUUAAGGUAGAAGUACUCUUUUUCUAUGAGCUGUGUCUUGUGUAGGAUAAGGGUCCCAAAGUGUGCGAGUGUGUGAGUGUGUGUACGAGUGUAAGCCUGUUUCUCAUUUCUUUCCUCGGCCUUGGUUACCGAUAUACCUUGAGCUACAACCGUGUGAAUCAAAGAGAAGGUGUCCUGGUCUGUUUCUUUAAGAGGUGUGGGUACUCAUGCGGCUGCCAUGGUAUUCACUCCUGCACGCCUCGAGCAAGAGAUUACUGAGCUUCAUUCUGCUCGUGAGCGUCGCCUCGUGAGCGCUUUUUUUACCGUUGUCCCUUGGGAAUGUUAGUUUAAUUGAUAAUGAUGAUGAUCUACGAGGUAUAAAAGGUUACUGUUAUCAUUGCACAUUGUAAUAUAGAUUUUGUAUUUCAUACUUUAAGACUAACAGUAAAUUAAGGGCAGCUUGGCCCCGGGGUGAGUGGCAAGUUUAUUUGGGUUUUUAUAUGUUUAAAUUAUUUGAGAAAAGUGAAGAUUAUAUUAUUAUUACUUUAUAGUGUUAUUAGCAUCAUCAUCGUUAAUUUAUAGGUUACAAGCUAUAUAUGAGGAGCUGAUGCAUAGUCAACUUUAGGUUAACAUUUUUUUCUAUGGCUUUAUAUGUCGUAUUCAUUAUUUUGUGGGUGUGACGGGAGAUAGUGGAGGAGCCAGGCAUUGGUGUGCAGAUGCUGGCCGUGGAGAACAGGUGGAGCAGGCCUUGAGUGGGGAGCAGGUGGAGGAGGUGGAGGAGAAGAGAGAGAUAGAGAUGUUGGUCCAAAGAUUGUUGGAGAUACUGAUAUGCUUGGAAUUAUUAUUAUUACUGUUAUUAUUAUUGGAACAUUUUUGACAAGUUGGGGAAGGAGAAGACAUGGGUGUAUUAACCUGAGUGUAUUCCCGACUAGUUCCGCUGAGGCUCAUUCAAAGCUCACCUAAAUACACCCAUGUUUCCUCUCUUUCUCUAUUAUUAUCGUUUUUAUUAGUUAUUAUUAUUAUUUGUGUUAACCUUUGAAGCAUGAGUGGUAUCGUAAAGCCUGUAUCAUUGCCCAUUUCACACAACACUCUCCUCAUCUAGUUUGCCUACUUCAUGCAAUCACACCUCCGUUGGUGCUCUCUGUAUUGUGUUGGGGCAGGCAGAGUCAGAACGUUGCACAAAUUUAGCUUCUGUAAUUGCAGGAUGCGUUCACUGUAAAUAAGUGCGUCCCGCUGAGAAGAGGCUGUCAGUGAGGUGGAGGCUGUAGUUUCAUCUUUUCUCAUAGCCAAGAGCCAUGGGUGGGAAGCUAAAGUUCUCUGUCUGGACUAAGACUCGGUAGUUUGAUCCUGGUGUGUUGCCCGCAGUUCUGAGAUUGGUUAACGUAAAUGUAUGUGUUCAGCUUACAUUAAUGUGUUCAGCUUACAGUAUUCUCAUCCGUUGCCUUACACUCCACCUCAAAAUGAAAGAAACGACUCCUGAAGACUGAUGGGAGAACAUACCAGCCGUUUACAAGUUUGCUUUCUUGGCGCACCGAUCUCUUUCCUUUGCUGUAGUCGAGGGUCAAUUGAGGACAUAAGUUAGCGUUCGAGGGUUUGAUUUCACUUCCAUGGAGUUGGUGCCACGGGGUCAUUGCUGUUGGCAGGAGCAAUCAGAUAUUUGCACGUUUAUGUCUACAGUUACGAGAGCGUUUGUGUUUGGACAGGUUUGUUUGAUACCCUGGACGAGUCUGGUAACUGGGUGAGAAUCAGAUGCUGGGAGAGGCAAGAUUGUUCACGAUGGUUUGGGUGCUAUGGUGACUCACUUGAUGGGUGGUGUUAGAUUGAAAGGGUUGGAAAUGAUGUAUAAUUGGCCAUAUUUUGAGUUUUGUGCCAGAAGGAAGCAGGUCAUGCGGUCUUUAUGUCUUACGAACCAAAGUGCGUAAUUUCUCGAGCAUAUUGGGAGUACUUCAAAGGCUUUCAGUAUGUAGAGAUCCAGUAUGUAAGGUAUUUAGGCUGUGCAGGGAGUGUGGGUGUUGCAUAUUGCAGCACUCGGCGGUAGAGGAAGCAGGUUCGAUGAAGUGUCUGGUGCAGAAACACAAGUCCCGCCGCAGGAAAACUUGCAGCGUGCUCGCAGCAAAGAUCAGUUCCAGUUUCUCAUGAAUGGCACCUGUCAUUAUACCAUACAUGUAUCAGCUAGUGUGUACGUGUGUGUGUGUGUGCAUGUUCUGCUGUGACAACUGGUUUUCUGUGGAUCAGUAAGGGGUAAAAUGUGUAGUUGACAGACCAAGUGAUAUUAGCCAAGGGUGUGUUUAGCACAUGAGAGGAAGAAAGGGAUGAAAGAAAGGAUGGAAUGAAGAAGAGAAAGAAAAAUGAUGAUAGCUUGAUGAAGGGAUGAAGGAAAGAAAGCAAAGGAUGGAAUAGAUAAAAGAAAGAAAAGAAUGGAUUGAAGAAGAGAAAGGGUAGGAUAGAAAAGAACAGAAAGGGAUGAAAGAAAGAAAGGAAAGGAUGGAAUAGAGGAAAGAAAGGAGUGUGUCUGAGAGAAGGAAAUAUGAUGGUUGCUUGAUGAAGGAAUGAAAAAGGAAAGGAUUAAUUAAAGAAAAGAAAGCAGAGGAUGGAAUAUAGAACAGAAAGGGAAGGAUGGAAUAGAGAAAGAAAAGAAAAUGAUGCUUGGUCAAGUUGCGGAGGAGAGAGGUCGAUUGAGCAAGUUCAAUUCAUAACCGGAGUGUUUUUUAAGACGCAUUUUUAUAAUCAUUGUACGUAUACAUGUUUAGGUAGUACCAAUAUUAGUUCUAUUUUAUUAUUAUUACCAUUACUCCUGUUGCAUGACCUUUAUGUUUUCGAAAGUUCGCUCCAUACUUCUUAUUUCCCGAGUGCAGCUUUAAAACUCACCAUUAACGGCCCAGCGCCAACGUAUAUGUUAAUUUUCUUUAUCACUGGUAUACCCACGUCUCUGUAUUCACGUUUACGUACGCUGUUCUUUUAGCAUUAGCCGGCCGUUCUGUUGGGUUUCAUCCUAAGUUAUGUAUUGUCAUCUGGAUUCGUGGGUUCCAAUCACGCCCGUUUGACCCUCAGUUGUUGUCACCCUCCCGCCCCACCCGAUGUAAGAAACCAAAA